UAAAGCAGAUGAAAACGAGAUUACGUAAUAAAAACGAUUGCUGUUCUUUCAAGUAAAAGUUGGAAAAAUUCAAAGGAAAAGCGCAAGAGAUAAAGGACAAUUUAACGCGAGGUAAGAGUGGGCAGGAAACAUUUCUAAAUUAAAUGUGUAAGACAGCAAAAUGAACGGGAACUUGGAUAUCAAAUUAAAAUCACCCCCUUUGAGGGUUUAGAAUGGAAAUAAGCCUCUAUACUGACGAAGCGUUGAACGACAGUCAGAGAAUUUCAAGUAUCUUUUCACAAGGCAGCAUGAUGAAGAAAGACAUGAAUCUAAACCUCGAUGACCAGGGUAACGCUAAUCUGAAAACAGAUUUGCGUGACGAAGAGGGCAUUCUGAAUUCUCCUGAAUUAGGGUUGUUGAAGCUGGCGUCUCCGGAGCUGGAAAGGUUGAUCAUUCAAUCGAACGGUAUGGUUACCACAACUCCAACCUCCCAGUUCGUCUAUCCGAAGUCGGUGAGCGACGAGCAAGAAUUCGCCGAGGGCUUUGUGAAGGCGUUGGAGGAUCUCCACAAACAAAAUCAACUGAACGGGGGACCGUGCGUCCCGCCGACGCUUAACAGGCUGAGUACCAGUACAUCGCUAACCUUGCCGUCAGACCUUCCAGUUUACACGAACUUGAACACAUAUGGAAGUAGCCCAUUGGGUACCACAGUGAAUUACUCUACGGACACUAUUCCUUUUCCACCACCGCCUUCACACCCGAUUAGCGCACAACAAGCGCAAACACGACUUCAGUCCCUAAAGGACGAACCUCAAACCGUUCCUGACAUGCAGAGCUUCGGUGACAGUCCUCCUCUGUCUCCUAUCGACAUGGACACACAGGAACGCAUUAAGGCAGAGAGAAAGAAGCUCCGGAACAGAAUAGCAGCGUCCAAGUGCCGCAAGAGAAAGCUGGAAAGGAUAUCACGACUAGAAGACAAGGUCAAAACUCUGAAAUCUCAGAACACUGAACUCGCUUCGACAGCAAGUGUACUGAGAGAGCAAGUGGCUCAGCUGAAACAGAGGGUCAUGAAUCAUGUGAAUAACGGCUGUCAGUUACUUCCCAAUCAAGUUCAAGCCUAUUAGUCUGCUUCUGCCUUUGCUCCUACCAACAGAAUUAUCAGACUUCUCGAACGGAGGUCAAGAAAUUGGACAUUUGAGGUGCUGAUGUAAAUGUUAACAAAAUGUCCUGGCAUAUGUUAACAACAUUUUGUAGCAAACUGACUUUGUCUCUCCUUCACGGACACAGGAAGACACUUAUGCUAUUUGUCCUCAUAUCUUAGCUAAUUUUAUGCGAAGAAAAGGACUAAUGCAACUGUACUUUGCAUGUUAACGACAAGCUCAGUGAGCGCAACCAGACACAAGGAUAUCAUGCAUGUAUUCCUCAUGUGUACAGCCUUACUUGUCUACAAACACUUAUUAACCAAUGUCUUACACGUAUUUUAUAUACAAAUAUUCACACAAGGUCUUAUCUUUUUGCUAUUGUGACAUUUUGGUGUUUUGUCAUUGAGUUACGUGUUGUGUAAAUGUUUAACUGAUCAUUUUUACAGCUGUCAUGUCCAUGUGCAGCCAUUAUACGUUUCAAAUGGGAUAAUGUGCUCUGAAUGAGUUCAUUAAACUUGCCCA